AUGUCAGUGGCAGCAUCAAAGAAUAAUGUAAAGAGUGUUGGUGGAGUAGACACAAUGACGAUGAUAAAGUCAUCAGUGGCAGGUGCCGCAGUUGGCUCUGUGUUUGGCUACGCCCUGCAGAGGUCUGGCGUGUACCUGCCCCGCAUCAUCCAGGCCCAGAUGGACUUUUCCAACUUUACCAUGCUCAAGAUGUUCAUGACGGCCGCACUCACAAGCUCACUGUCAAUCACCGUGCUCAGCCGCAACAAGACAUUCACACUGACCAGUCUGCCUGUGAUGUGGCGACGUAACCUGUUUGGUGGUCUGAUAAUGGGCGCAGGCAUCUAUCUCACUGGCUCAUGUCCAGGCACCGUACUGGCACAGGUUGGCGCCGGCCUCACCAGCUCAUACUUCACGCUUCUGGGUGGCCUUGCUGGUGCCGUGCUCUAUGGCUACGUGAACAGCAAGGUGGAGAAGGCACUGUCAAAGGAAAGCGACGAGCAGUUCCUGCACAAGGGACUCAACGUGCCAUUCUAUAAAGUAACACUGCCAUUCGCUGGCAUACUCAUGGCCUUCUUGGUCGUGCUGGAGCGCUUUGUCCCAUGGCAAAUUGACAGCGGUGUGUCAAUGUCCGCGCCAACCUUUGGAACCCUCGUCACCCCAUGGUCGCCCUAUGUCGCUGGUCUUGUCAUUGGCCUGCUACAACUGCCAUCCCAUCUACUCACUGGCUCUGGACUAGGCACGAGCUCAGCCUACUGCACCGUGUCCUCAAGACUCUGUGGACUGCUUCCCUCAUCCGAUUCGAUUACCGGUUACUUCAAGAAGUUCACCCAGGACGCCAAGAAAUUCUCGGGACCUGCACUCAACGCUGGUAUCGUCCUUGGAGCGUACCUGUCGUCCAGGACAGCAUUGGUGUCUGCUGCUGACAGUGCAAUGGCACACUCACCACUCUACUAUGUUGCUGGAGGUGCAAUUCUUUUGUUUGGCGCUAGAAUGGCCAAUGGAUGCACCAGUGGACAUGGACUAACUGGUAUGGCCAAGUUGGAGAUUGGAUCAUUGAUUACAGUGGCGUCACUGUUUGCGGGAGGCAUCAUUACUUGCUUCUUGUUAAAGUAA